ACAGAGCGAGACUCCGUCUCAAAAAAAAGUGUGUGUGUGUGUAGCAGAACUUUGUUUUUAACAACUAAAGAAACACGGUGGCCCAAUAAUCCCGUUAGCCUUAGCUCAAUUAAUCACAUUCCAUUUGUCCUCACAAUGUUCAUCCCAGUGAGAAACGAGUUCAAGCGCGUGGUAAGCGGUGUCAAUAUAUUUUUAAAAUGCUGUUAUCAGUAUAAUGUAACAGAAAAUUCAGCAUAUUAGCCCAGCUUUGCUCACUGGUGUGAAGACAUGCCCAGUCUUUCUUAGCUAAGACGUUAGAGGAAACGCCACAAGGGACCCAGCUGGGAGCUCUGCAGGAAGUUAAAAAAAAAAAAUCAUUCAGCUUUGCAAAACAUCUGAUGCUCAACCAUCUGUCUUUGGCAGUACAGGGGCUUAAGGUCUGGUUGGUUCCUUCUGACACCUCGGAAGGCAGAGUUACAGAGGAGAAGCAACAAGUUGUAGGAAGUUAACUUAUCUAAGUCUCAGACGCUGGAGGCACCUGCAUUUCUAGUCACUUCAAUUCUGGCCAAAUUAUCAACUCUAGUUUCUGAGGGACCGCCAGCCCAGGAUUCCUAUUGGGGUCACCUUUGUGCCUCCCUAUCUUAAGAGCACACUUGGGCAGGUCGGGGCGGGACGUGCUCGGUGUAGGUGACUCAACACCGGACAGUUUUGCUUCCAGAGGCUGACACGCUCCUGCGCGGUAGUUGUUAAAGGGUUGGGACACGAAGAUACUCUUCGCCCAUUCGGGAUCUCCCAUUGUGGGAAGGAGGCUCAGAGGUCCCGGCCACCGGGUGAAGGGAGAACGGGCACACAGCGCUGUCAUCGCCGGACAGCUGGGAGCCCCCACUUUCUCGCCAGGCUCUCCAGGACAUUCCGAGGCUCCACCCCUGGUAACGCCACGCUGACGUCCGCGCGUCGGAGGCCGCCAUACGUGCGCGUGGGAGCCCAGGAGGACGUGUGGCGCGUGGACUACAUCAGGUCCAGCCCUGCGGGACCCCAGCAGGCGCUUCCGGGCAAGGUUCUGUGCACCUGUUUUCUCCUACGCGAGUAUCUCUCCCCUCCGCAAAGAAUGGGAUAUGCCUGUGUCCAAAGGACAAGAAGAUGCGCACCAGCAAGCCUAAGUUAACCACAGCGCGGAAGUGGAGCCCAAAGCAAGAGCCUGCCGGGCACCUUUAAGCUGUUUGUAAGCUCACGUGACUCACCAAGUGCGGGCCCCAGCGGUCACGUGACGGCGCGCGCGCCCUCACGUAGGGAGAGCCGGCAGUGCGCGCGCCUUCGCCGCUGCCUCCUACCCACCCCCUCGACGGGAGGGUGAGGCGCGGCGCAGUGAUCGGGCGGCCGGGGUCCUGUGCGCGUGCGCAGCGAACAGCUGUCACCUAGUGCGGAACAAGUCUCCCAAAUUUCCCAAAUCUCCCUGGGCCGGAGGCCACUGUCUUCUUCUCUUCCUUCUCCACCGAGUCGUGCUCUCGCCCCAACCCACGCGCCAGACACUGCCCUAGCCAUCAUGGAGGUGGCGGAGGUGGAAAGUCCUCUGAACCCCAGCUGUAAGAUAAUGACCUUCAGACCCUCCAUGGAGGAGUUCCGGGAGUUCAACAAAUACCUUGCAUACAUGGAGUCUAAAGGAGCCCAUCGUGCGGGUCUUGCAAAGGUGAUUCCUCCUAAGGAGUGGAAGCCAAGACAGUGCUAUGAUGACAUUGAUAAUUUGCUCAUUCCAGCACCAAUUCAGCAGAUGGUCACAGGGCAGUCAGGACUGUUCACUCAGUACAACAUCCAGAAAAAAGCGAUGACUGUGAAGGAGUUCAGGCAGCUGGCCAACAGUGGCAAAUAUUGUACUCCAAGAUACUUGGAUUACGAAGAUUUGGAGCGCAAGUACUGGAAGAACUUAACUUUUGUGGCACCCAUCUAUGGUGCAGAUAUUAAUGGGAGCAUAUAUGAUGAGGGUGUGGAUGAAUGGAACAUAGCUCGCCUGAAUACAGUCUUGGAUGUGGUUGAAGAAGAGUGUGGCAUUUCUAUUGAGGGUGUAAAUACCCCAUAUCUCUAUUUUGGCAUGUGGAAGACCACGUUUGCAUGGCACACUGAAGACAUGGACCUCUAUAGCAUUAAUUAUCUCCACUUUGGAGAGCCCAAGUCUUGGUAUGCUAUACCUCCGGAGCAUGGAAAACGACUUGAAAGACUAGCUCAAGGUUUUUUCCCAAGCAGCUCCCAAGGGUGUGAUGCAUUUCUUCGCCACAAGAUGACAUUGAUUUCUCCAUCGGUAUUGAAGAAAUACGGUAUUCCCUUUGACAAAAUAACCCAGGAGGCUGGAGAAUUCAUGAUCACUUUCCCAUAUGGCUACCAUGCUGGUUUUAAUCAUGGUUUCAACUGUGCAGAAUCUACAAAUUUUGCUACUGUCAGAUGGAUUGACUAUGGAAAAGUUGCCAAAUUGUGCACUUGCAGGAAAGACAUGGUGAAAAUUUCAAUGGAUAUCUUUGUGAGGAAAUUUCAGCCAGACAGAUAUCAGCUUUGGAAACAAGGAAAGGAUAUAUACACCAUUGAUCACACGAAGCCUACUCCAGCAUCCACCCCUGAAGUAAAAGCAUGGCUGCAGAGGAGGAGGAAAGUAAGAAAAGCAUCCCGGAGAUUAUAAAAGUAAUAUUUGUGCAUUGGAGGAAAUUUGUAAAAUAAGGAAAAGAAUAAUGAAGGAAUCCCAUAUCACUCAUAACCUCACUAUCCAGAGAUAACCAGUAUUAACAUUUUGUAUAUAUCCUUUACCUAUAUAUUUGUUAUAUAUUUUAUAAUAUUAUAUAUCUUUCCAAAAUUGGGGCCAUGCUCUAUUAACAAUCUGAUGAUCAGUUUUGAGUGUUUUUUUCAUGUAACUCAUUGAUUUGCUGCAACAUAAUUUUUAAUGCCUGCAUGUAUUUAAUCCCCUGUAGCUUGUUUCCACUUUUUUGAUAUUAACUAAGUAACACCAUAAUUUUACAUCUUUGCCCAGACUUAUGAUGCUUAUUUUCUGUCUUUUUUUUUUCCCUAAUAUUUAUUUUCUGCUUAUUUAGAGUGUUAGUGAGUGGAAGAACCUUAGGAACAUGGAGUCAAACUUCGGCAUUUUAUAAGAGGUAGAACUGAGGUGCAGAACUAACUCGGGUGUUGAUAUUUCACCCUGUAGUUUACCGCAAUGAUUGUCAAAGUGUUUGUUAGUAGGUCAGGACCAACAUUUAAAAAUGAGGUGGUAAAAUAGAAUAAAAACUAUUAUAGUGCUUCCUCUGUGGUAAGGGCAAAUAUUCACUCAUGACAUGUGUGAGUAUGUGUGUAUGUGUGUAUAUAGUGUCACUAUCUGAAAUGUGUAACUCACUGUGGGUUACAUUCAAGAAAAGUUUGAGAAAUACUAAUUUGGACAGUCAGUGUCUUUGAUAACUGUGUUAAUUCACAGCACUAAAGAAGCCACCGUUGGAAGGAGGCAGUAUCCAAUCCUGAGUUCAGAAUACACACCAGGAGAACAUCUUGAGCAUUGUUCUUUAAUGGAUGGAAAACACAAUAUUUUCAUUAGGUGUAUGACUUGGUUUCCGGCUUCCAGUGUGCUAGGUCUACCUCUAAAAGGCCUAAGACUGAUGAGGAAGAGGAAGUGUCAGCUGAAGUCGAUGGGGCAGAGGUCACUAACCCCGACUCAGACACAGAUGACCUCAAGGUCAGUGAAAACUCAGAAGCAGCAGCGAAGCUGAGGAACACAGAAGCACCUUCAGAAGAAGAGUCGUCUGCUAGGAGGAUGCAGGUGGAUCAGAAUUUAUCAGAUCAUAUCAAACUCUCAGGAAACAGCUGCUUAAGUACAUCUGUAACAGAAGACAUAAAAACUGAGGAUGACAAAGCUUACGCAUAUAGAAGUGUACCUUCUAUACCCAGUGAGGCUGAUGAUUCCAUUCCAUUGUCUAGUGUCUAUGAGAAGCCCGAGAAAUCAGACCCACCCGAGCUUUCAUGGCCAAAGUCACCUGACUCAUGCUCAUCAGUGGCAGAGAGUAAUGGUGUGUUAACAGAGGGAGAAGAGAGUGAUGUGGAGAGCCAUGGGAAUGGCCUUGAACCUGGGGAAAUCCCAGCGGUCCCCAGUGGAGAGAGAAAUGGCUUCAAAGUCCCCAGUAUAACAGAGGGAGAGAACAAAACCUCUAAGAGUUGGCGCCAUCCACUUAGCAGGCCUCCAGCAAGAUCCCCGAUGACUCUUGUGAAGCAGCAGGCGCCAAGUGAUGAAGAAUUGCCUGAGGUUCUGUCCAUUGAGGAGGAAGUGGAAGAAACAGAGUCUUGGGCGAAACCUCUCAUCCAUCUUUGGCAGACGAAGUCCCCUAACUUCGCAGCUGAGCAAGAGUAUAAUGCAACAGUGGCCAGGAUGAAGCCGCACUGUGCCAUCUGCACUCUGCUCAUGCCGUACCACAAGCCAGAUAGCAGCAAUGAAGAAAAUGAUGCUAGAUGGGAGACAAAAUUAGAUGAAGUAGUUACGUCGGAAGGAAAGACUAAGCCCCUCAUACCAGAGAUGUGUUUUAUUUAUAGUGAAGAAAAUAUAGAAUAUUCUCCACCCAAUGCCUUCCUUGAAGAGGAUGGAACAAGUCUUCUGAUUUCCUGUGCAAAGUGCUGCGUACGGGUUCAUGCAAGUUGUUAUGGUAUUCCUUCUCAUGAGAUCUGUGAUGGAUGGCUGUGUGCCCGGUGCAAAAGAAAUGCGUGGACAGCAGAAUGCUGUCUCUGCAAUUUGAGAGGAGGUGCUCUUAAGCAAACGAAGAACAAUAAGUGGGCCCAUGUCAUGUGCGCCGUUGCGGUCCCAGAAGUUCGAUUCACUAAUGUCCCAGAAAGGACACAAAUAGAUGUAGGCAGAAUACCUUUACAGAGGUUAAAAUUGAAAUGCAUCUUCUGCAGACAUCGGGUCAAGAGGGUCUCUGGAGCCUGCAUCCAGUGUUCCUAUGGUCGCUGCCCGGCCUCCUUCCAUGUCACUUGUGCCCAUGCUGCUGGGGUACUGAUGGAGCCUGAUGAUUGGCCUUAUGUGGUGAACAUUACAUGCUUUCGACAUAAGGUCAACCCCAGUGUGUUCACAGCACAGAGUAAGCACUCAAAAAAUGAAAGUUGUAUUGCUACUACUACUUCUACUGCUGCUGCUGCUGGUGCUACAAUCUUAUGUGAGCUGGGCCACAAGUCCAAGGCUUGCGAGAAGGUCAUUUCCGUGGGUCAAACGGUCAUCACAAAGCAUCGGAACACCCGGUAUUACAGUUGCAGAGUGAUGGCUGUGACAUCGCAGACCUUCUAUGAGGUCAUGUUUGAUGAUGGCUCCUUCAGCAGAGACACAUUUCCUGAGGAUAUCGUGAGCCGAGACUGUCUGAAGCUGGGCCCACCUGCCGAGGGAGAAGUCGUCCAAGUCAAGUGGCCUGAUGGCAAACUCUAUGGAGCAAAAUAUUUUGGAUCAAAUAUUGCCCACAUGUACCAGGUUGAGUUUGAAGAUGGAUCCCAGAUAGCAAUGAAGAGAGAGGACAUCUACACUUUAGAUGAAGAGUUACCCAAGAGAGUGAAAGCUCGAUUUUCCACAGCCUCUGACAUGCGAUUUGAAGACACAUUUUAUGGAGCAGACAUUAUCCAAGGGGAGAGAAAGAGACAAAGAGUGCUGAGCUCCAGGUUUAAGAACGAAUAUGUGGCCGACCCUGUGUACCGCACUUUUUUGAAGAGCUCUUUCCAGAAGAAGUGCCAGAAGAGACAGUAGUCUGCAUACAUCGCUGCAGGCCACAGAGCAGCUUCGGUUGGAGGAGAGAAGAUGAAGGGACAUCCUUGGGGCUGUGCCAUGAGUUUUGCUGGCGUAGGUGACGGGGUGUGUCUCUGACAGUGGUAAAUCGGGUUUCCAGAGUUUGGUCACCAAAAAUACAAAAUACACAUAAUUAAUUGGACGCCGCAAUCUGAAAUCAUCUCUAGCCUUGCUUUCACUUGUGAGCAAUUGUCUUCUAUGAUCCCAAAGAAGUUUUCUAAGUGAAAGGAAAUACUAGUGAAUCCCCCACUAGGAAAAGCCACUGCCACAGAGGCGGCGGGUCCCCUUGUGCGGCUUAGGGCCCUGUCAGGAAACACACGGGGACCUCUCUCUGCAGGUCCAGCAGGUGGCACCUCGGUACCCAGCGGGGAGGGCGAUACUUUAUAUAUUUUCCACAGUCAGGGAAGGACUCUCACUUAUUUGUUUCAAAUUGCAGUUUUUAUAAAACAUUUUUAAAACACAAAUGGCAUGUAUGCUAAUGAGAUUUACCCGUGUGCUAUCUGUAUUUCCCUUGUACAGAACUUUUACAUUUUUGAAUAUUCCUAUUACUUUUGAUUGUGUCUGAUGGGAACUGAGUUGUUGGCCUUUGUGAAAUGAAACUUUUGGCUCUUGAGAAAGAAUUCUUAUGAAUUGUUAUGCGAAUUUUAUAUAUUUAAAGAGGGAGAUCUGGGGCUGUUAUUUUUAAACACUUUUUUUCAUAAUACAUAUUCUGAGUAGAUAUUUAUAAAAUAUAUGUUUCUUUCAUUAUGUGUUUGUAAAAUUAGAGUUUAAAUAAAUAUGCUUUGAUGCAUAGUUUUGAACUAAUGUAACAUGAUUUUUCUUUUUUAAGACAGCCUGAAAAUGUACUAGUGUUUAAAAAUAAAGAUUUCCAUUUUCUCCA